GCUUUGUGGACCGACGGAACCUUAGCCCCAUAAAGUCGGACUCUUCCCUCAAACUUGCCUCUACGCCUUCUGCUGUUUCCUCUUCAUAUCCUUCCGUCUCGCCUGGUUCAUCUCCAUCUGAGCAUGAAAGUGUCUUUGGCACAUGCCAUUGCGGCGACCGGUGGCGACAGAUUGAACAUUUAAUCGAAAUAGCCAAGCCAGAGUUCUUCAGGGGCGAGCUCACCGCCAGAAUGCUGCUACGAUCCACCCCCAACGCUG